AUCCCGCCCGGGUUCCAUCCCACCUUCAGACGAUCCUGGACCCCACCUGUCAAGCUUAGCUUCAAAUACCCUCACCUCCCGUCAGCUCUCAACAACCCUCCCUCAACAACCACAGCACUCUCGAGAUACCCUAAAAGACGCAUAUUUCUUUGCAUCAAGCUACACUUUAUACCCCAACGCCAGUAGUCAAUACACAACAAUCGCCCAACAUGGCUCGCAAGUUCUUCGUCGGCGGCAACUUCAAGAUGAAUGGCACCAAGGAGUCCAUCAAGGCCAUCAUCAAGAACCUCAACGAGGCUCAAUUGGACCCCAACGUUGAGGUCGUCAUCGCCCCAUCCCACCUCUACCUUCCCAUCGCCGUUGAUGCCGUCACCGCCAGCACCGUCUCCGUCUCGGCCCAGAACGUCUACGCCAAGCCCAACGGCGCCCACACCGGCGAGGUCUCGGUCUCCCAGCUUAAGGAUCUCGGCCUGAACUGGACCAUCACCGGCCACUCGGAGCGCAGAGCCGGCGGCGAGUCUGACGAGAAUGUCGCCGACAAGACCAAGGCUGCCAUUGACGGUGGUCUCAGCGUGAUUUGGUGCUGCGGCGAGUCCCUUGAGGAGCGCGAGGCUGGCAACACUGUUGCUGUUGUCGAAAAGCAGCUCGCUGCUCUUGCCGCCAAGCUCUCUGGGAAUGACUGGAAGAAGAUUGUCAUUGCCUAUGAGCCCAUCUGGGCUAUUGGUACUGGCAAGGUUGCCACCACUGAGCAGGCCCAGGAGGUGCAUGCUGCUAUCCGCAAGUGGCUCAAGGCCAAGGUUUCCGACGCUGUUGCUGACAAGACCCGUAUUUUGUAUGGUGGCUCGGUCACUGCUAAGAACAGCAAGGACUUGGCUAAGCAGCCGGAUAUUGAUGGUUUCCUUGUUGGCGGUGCCAGCUUGAAGCCCGAGUUCGUCGACAUCAUCAACUCCAACCAGUGAGCGCGCGGCACUGUCCGUUUUAUUGGGAAUUAGCGUGGGCUUAUACGGGAUUUUUAGGAUUAAAAAGGAGCUGGCGAGGAUAUAGAUGAGUGUGAUGAAAGACCGCUACUCUACCUACUCUAUGACAAAUACCAA